GACAUUGGGCGCACCGGCACAAUGAUUACGUGGUUCCAGAUAAGGUUGGCGUGGAACAGGGAAAGCUAGUAAAGCAGGCUCAGAGGAGACACGACGUGGGGCACGGCUAAGCCAGUAAAUUACGCUAGCUCGGAGUCGUAGCCACCACCGUCUUUUUGAUCUCAUCAGGCUCGGUCGGUUCUGAUCCCGUCGACGCUGCUCCUCUUUUUCUGCCUUGUCCCCGCAGCCUCUCAAUAGCGUCGGUAACUUGUGAGAUGAGUGCGAUUAUAUAUCCAACAGGCAACGCCUCGUCUCUCAACACAUAAGAAGCAGCUAGCUAGCUUAUUAUUAUAAAAUGGUGCCGCACUGUCUGUCUGUCCUCAGGGAAAGUGAAGGCCAUGUAGUAAAGUUUGGAGAUCAAAAAGAUUGCAUUUAAAGAGCUUGCAGUGUGUGUGUGUGUGUGAGUGUGACCGGCCGGAGAACAGCUGACUUGACUUUGUGGAGAAGAGAUCGGCUUAUCGUCCAUGGAGAAUCAAGCACUGGAAGUUCCAUAUCACAUGGUUCAUGGCUAUGAAGAUCAUGCAACUGCUGUUAUCAGCCCUAGCAAUCUACCAUGGUCUCUGCUGCCGGCAGCUUCCCUCCACCAAGACCAAGAACUCAUCAUGUGUCCCAAUUCUCUCCCUCCUUUUGCCCCUUCCCUCUACGGAGCCGGUGCCGUGUGGUCGAAUCCUUCGCCUGCUGGGCUGACUGAAUAUUCAGCCGGCGGCAGUGCCUUCAUGCGUUUGAAUGGUUUCCGACGAGGGACGACGGAUCAGGGCUCCGCUUCCUCGUCUCUCUUCGGCACCAUUCGCGCCGAACUAGGCAAGUUAACGGCUCAGGAAAUCACGGACGCCAAGGCUCUCGCCGCCACGAAGAAUCACAGCGAGGCCGAGCGCCGCCGCCGCGAGCGCAUCAACGGCCAUCUCGCCAAGCUCCGCAGCAUGCUCCCCAACAACACCAAGACGGACAAGGCAUCGUUGCUGGCGGAGGUCAUCCAGCACGUGAAGGAGCUGAAGCGGCAGACGUCGGAGAUCGCGGAGGAGAGCCCGCUUCCGACGGAGGCCGACGAGAUCGCCGUGGAAUCCGCCUGCGACGAGGAGGGGAGGAGUCCUGUAGUAAGAGCUUCGCUUUGCUGCGACGACCGCCCCGACCUGAUCCCGGACCUCAUCGGCGCGCUCAAGGCGCUGCGGCUCCGCGUCCUCAAGGCCGAGAUCACCACCGUCGGCGGCCGCGUCAAGAACGCCCUCCUCAUCUCUCACGCCGACGAGCAAGACAACGGCUCCGACGAUAUCGAUGCAACUGAUCACGACGGAGAGCACAAGCAGCAGCUGAUCGCCGCCGUCCAAGAUGCGCUGAAGGCGGUGCUGGAGCAGGCGGCGAAGCACGACCACUCAUCCGGCGGAACUAAGCGACAGCGGACGGCCGGCUUAUCGGCGGCAGGCAUGAUUGAGCACAGCUCCAAUGUUUGACUACAUGGGCUAGCUUUUCUACAUAUUUUGACUUUGCAUAUCUUUUAAUAAUAAUUAAAUUUCAUCCAAUUCCUAAGAACACCGAUAAAAAAAUUAAAAAAUAAAUCACCAAAAAUGUAGUAAAAUACUUAUGUCUCAAUUUAUAUAUAUGCUUUGCAUAUUCACAA